GCUCCCAUCAACUUCCAAGUUUUGAUAAGGAGAUUAAAUUCCUCAACGACAACAUCGUCUGCACCUUCAUCCAUCUCAUCCAAAUCUCAUAGCAAGUCAUGGCUACACGAUCAUUAGUCGUAGGAGGUACGGGUGGCAUUGGCUACGCCAUCGCCUGCCGCCUCGCCGCAGCUUCGGCAUCCUCACAAGUGACUAUCAGCGGUCGCACAGAACCCAAGGACAUUCCUCACCCCAACAUCAAGUUCCGCGCCUUGGACGCAUCUUCCAUGCGCUCCAUCAAGCGAUACACGGACGACUACAAGUCUCUCCAAGACCCACAACUCGAUCUGCUUGUCCUCACCCAGGGCAUUCUCACUAUGGCAGGUAGAACGGAGACGUCCGAGGGAAUUGACCGCAAGAUGGCCCUUCACUACUACGGCAGGCAGCUCCUCAUCCGCGAGCUGAGCCCCAUCUUGAAGGAUGAUGCCAAAGUCCUCAUCGUCCUUGAUAGCACCCGCGGAAGCCCGACGAAGCUGAUUUGGGACGACUUGGACCUGAAGAAGAACUUCAGCUUGCAAAAAGCAGCAGACCACUGCCUGUCCAUGACGGACGCCAUGAUACAGGCCUAUGCGACCGAGAAUAAGGACAAGAAGCAGCACUUCAUUCACGCGUACCCUGGCAUCGUGCAGACCAACAUCUUCCAUACCAUGCCCUGGUAUCUUCGGACCGCGACAAAACUCCUGAGCAACGUGAUGGGUGUACCGGCAGAUACCUGCGCCGAGAGACUUUUGGAGGGAGUGGACGAGGCCUCGGAGAAGGACGGCGCAUCUUGGAGUUGUAUCGAUCAGAAUGGCAAGGUGGUGGGCAACAAGGCUAUUUUCACCGAAGAGGAUUUGAAGAAGGUCAAAGAUCACACUUGGAAGGUGAUUGAUGAGGCGCUUGCAGUUCCCAGCGAGUAGACGAAGCUUAAGCGGCGUGCACGUGUAAGAUUUUGAGGUUGGCCUGUAUUUUCGAUACCACAUAAUUGAGACUUUACUUUCUGGCGCAUUGAAGACCAAGUCAGGCACGUAACUGCCAUCGCUUACGAGGUCUCAAUCCACAUUAUUUAUAUCCUAUCAGC